UUACUUCAAUACAUCUCCUUUUCUGAAUCAAAACGAAGCUGUACGGACGAGGCGCAGCUGUAACUGCCGAACAUGCGCUGUUGUUUCAGAGGUUGAAGACUUUCGAAAAUAGUCUCGUGAAGGAUGCUUCUGUCUCGAGCUUGCACCUGGAACUAGGAAGCAGUAAAGCGAUUUUAUUCGUUUGCUGUCACACGAAGACCUCAAACUUUUAAUGUUUUACAGAAUGUCACUGGAAUACGCGAUUCUUGUUCACUACAUGGACUACUCUAUUCCCUUCCUGUUACUGUUUUAUUAGGUUACUUUAGCUGUUGGGCUACCUACCCCUGCAGGAUCAAUUGUUAGAGACGCACACAUAAAGACAUCAACGCCUUUUACUAGCACUUUUGUUGAUCAAGCAGCUUUAAAGGAACUAAAACUACACGAUACAGAUAAGUUAGCAUUAAGGUUUUUUUAUUAUUGUGCUUGUGUGGGAAAAAAUAUAUUGUUUAGAUGUCAGAUUACCACAUUCUUUUACAGUAAAGUACAGCACAAAUUGACAAACUGUCAACAGCACUAUUUUGACGAUAGGCAUGCCCGUGACUCCGUGAGUUGCCAAGGCAUUUCAAAAGGAGAGUGUUGCAUUUGCCUUCAGUUUAUAUUUAUAAUUCCCCUACCUGUCAAUCAGCAAACAGAAGCUAUCGGUAUACACUGUUGCUUCUUCAUUGCAACAACUUUAUCAGACAGCAGUCAUCACGCUGUGUCAGCACGCCUGUGUGAGUGUGCUGUCAUACCAUAAGAGCACGUUGAGCCACACAGUUCAGCAGCCUCUCACGCGCUGUCCAACCAGGAACGGCCGCAGAAUCAAGUACCACAGCGAGGGCUGAGCCACCCACCUACCAGCAUCAAGAUGACGGACGGUCCCAGGCAGCGUGGGAGCGUCGCCUCCGGAGGAGAUGCUGCCGCCGGCUCCGAGAAAGACGCCGGUGGCGGUGGAGUGGCGUUAAAGAAAGAGAUUGGCCUCGUGAGUGCCUGCGGAAUUAUAGUUGGUCUUUGCUUCCUACGUCUGUGGAUCGCCGUGCUGGUGAUCUACCCCACCAACCAGGCAGUCAUCGCCCUCACCUUCUCCAACUACGUCCUGCAGCCCCUCUUCCCCACCUGUUUCCCCCCGGAGAGCGGCCUGCGCCUGUUGGCCGCCGUCUGCCUGCUGCUGUUGACGUGGGUGAACUGCUCCAGUGUGAGAUGGGCCACGCGUGUUCAGGACAUCUUCACCGCCGGCAAACUGCUGGCACUGGCCCUCAUCAUCAUCAUGGGCAUCGUGCAGAUCUGCAAGGGGGAGUACCACUGGCUGGAGCCUAAGAACGCCUUCGAGCCCUUCCAGGAGUACGACGUGGGGCUCAUAGCGCUGGCCUUCCUACAGGGUUCCUUCGCCUACGGGGGCUGGAACUUCCUCAACUACGUCACAGAGGAGCUGGUGGACCCUUAUGUGAACCUUCCUCGUGCCAUCUUCAUCUCCAUCCCCCUGGUGACGUUCGUCUACGUCUUUGCGAACAUCGCCUACGUCACCGCCAUGAGCCCCCAGGAGCUGCUGGCCUCCAAUGCCGUUGCCGUGACGUUUGGUGAGAAGCUCCUGGGAGUGAUGUCAUGGAUCAUGCCCAUCUCUGUGGCUCUCUCUACCUUCGGAGGGGUCAACGGUUCCCUCUUCACCUCCUCUCGGUUGUUCUUUGCCGGAGCCAGAGAGGGUCACCUCCCCAGUCUGCUGGCCAUGAUUCAUGUGAAACGCUGCACUCCCAUCCCUGCUCUGCUUUUCACUUGUCUGUCCACCCUUCUGAUGCUGUGCACCAGUGACAUGUACACCCUCAUCAACUAUGUGGGUUUCAUCAAUUACCUCUUCUACGGAGUCACUGUUGCCGGGCAGAUUGUCCUGCGCAUCAAGGAGCCCGACAUACACCGGCCAAUCAAAAUCAGCCUGGUGUGGCCUGUCAUCUACCUGCUGUUCUGGGCCUUCCUGCUCAUCUUCUCCCUGUACUCGGAGCCCGUGGUCUGUGGCAUCGGCCUGGCCAUCAUGCUGACCGGAGUGCCCGUCUACUUCCUGGGCGUCUACUGGGACAACAAGCCGCAGUGCUUCAAUACGUUCGUUGCCAAGAUGACGUACCUGGGCCAGAAGUUCUGUGUGGUGGUCUACCCAGCGAUGACAGGGAGCACGGGGGAGGCGGGCAGCGGGGAGGAGGAGGGCGAGGAGAUGGAGGCCAGGGACGCUCUCUCGAAAUGAUGCGACGCUAAAGUAGACUGCUGAACACACAACCUCGGAAACUUACUUUCCCCAACCUCUCUUUCCCACACACACACACACAGCCACUCACACACACACACACACACUUGUAUACACAGAGCAAGGCUAGUGUUAUUAGUAAAUGACAGUAGAAUUAGGUGCUUACAGACACAAACACACCUGUAUUGAUACGCAGGGUUUAUUUCCCCCCCGAAUGUGUCGUUUUAAACGUCACUGCUGUGCCAAAGAGGUUCAAGGUGUAAAGAGGAGGAAGGAAAGAGAAGGAAAGAAGGGAGGAGGAAAGGAGGGAGGAGGAAAGGAGAACCUUAGUCAGCUCACCUCCGUUCUGCUCCAGCCUUGAAGGAUAAGUGAGCCAGAUGGUGGGACCGACACCCUCACACCUACUUCACAUCCUCCUCAUCCUUCCUCACAUCCUUCCCUCCUCAUCCUCUGCCCUCGUCCACCUCCUCCACACUCUCCCUGCACACUCCCACAUUAAGAGAAAUGUUUGUAAGAACUCUUAUUGUGCUUUGUGUGGCAAAUCUAAGUGGGCAAUGUUUUUUUGCCACCUUGCAACUUAUAAUUUUCUUACUCGAAAAACACACCAAUGCUGUAUUCAGAUUCUCACCCCCUCAAAUUCUGAUCAAAUUUUUUUUUUGUGUUUUCAGUACACUAAAUGCUGUUUUCUUUUGAGCUAAAUAACUGUGAUUCCAAAAUGCUUUUUUUGUAAUUGUGAUAAUUGUUUAUAUCAUGUGUCAUUAUGAUUUCAGUUCCAUUUUGUUAGUUUUAAUGUCUUGUUUUUUUGGGGGGUUAUUGUUUUUUAUUCAGCAUCAAUACCUUUUUGGGGGUCUAUUUUUAUUACUAUUGCAACUGAAGAGGUAUACAGUACAUAUAAGAGCCAAUGUAUGAACUGGUUUUGUAUAGUUCAAGCAGUUCCAUUUAAUUGCCUUAAUCAUUAUAUAUUCUGGACCUAGGUAUUGGUGUAGUUCUAUUAAUAAUUUUGAGAGAUGAUUCAUGCUGAUAUUUUUGCAGAGCUACAAUUUUCAUGUUAAAGCAAACAAAAGAAAGUGUCUGUUUCCAAAAUUUCACAUCGAGUCAGUGGCUUCAUUCUAACCGAACACUGUAAAAAAAUCGCCUUUAAGAUGGACAUUAAACUACUUUUAGAUUGGUCUACUAGACAAGGAACGUAUGUCGCAUGCUAAAAAAGAGACACGAGCAGUGUUGAAAAAACAAGUUAAGUCAUAAUGAUGUCUAGGGUGAAUAUGGAAAAACACUGGAUUUUAUACACACACAACCAUCAACCAUUACACACACACACAAGCACCCUAUGUUAGUAAUGUAUCAGUGAGUCAGGGUCUACGUCACAGUACCAUACUGCUUCAUGGAGGGUUUUUAUUGUGAGCCCAAAAUACAUUAAAUAUAAUGAUCACAGUGUGUGGCCCAUUUAAACAACUGGGUGCACACAAACACUCACACACUCAGGCAGUUGUUUGUAAUGGAGGAUGCCAAACUCUAUAUGAGAAAGUGAAGAUUAAUUGGAACAUGUGAUAAAUUAUGAUCCUUGGAAAGAAACACACACUCAAAGAUAGACGUUCUUGUAAUAGCUGUUUGUUGUCUGUGUGACACUCAGGACUUUCAGACUGCCUUCUCUACACUGCCAAAGCCUUUUGGAUCAUUCGAUAACACAAAAGAUCAAGAGGUCUGUGACAAUGUUUACUAGUGCUUUUUAUGAAGAUGCAGUUCCUCAUCUUACAGAAACGAUAAAAAAAGAGAUGAGUAAGUGUGUAGACCAGAGUGUAGACCAGAAGCUUCUGGCUGAAAAGGUCAAAGGUUAUCGUAUUAGGGUCAGUGACGUCAAUGAUGUAAAGCUCAGAGGGUAUAGGAUGUGUACAAUGUUUUUGUGCCUGCAAACCCUGUAUGCCCAUGUAUGUUAUGUCAUAGAUAUGUCGGCCUACUAAUGAACGUUUCCAUUUAGAAAAAAAGUGUUCAACUGUUUGAGUGCUUUGGGGUGUCCAAAGGAUUCCAUUUCAUCACCUCUCAUCAUACCCUCCCAUCAUACCCACUCACUUUACAUACACAACAUCUUUAUUACAAAUCAUCACACUGCACACAUCACACACAACGGGGCAGUUAGAGUGCUUUGUCACAAAGAGGACUUCACAACCUGAAUAACAGAUUCUCAGUGGUGUGUCUCGACAGGGAAAUGCAUGGAUCGGGGGGAAACACAAGCUCACUUUAUCUAUGUCUUACAGAUUAACCUCAACAGGAACAGUCUGGUGUUUGGGUCCAGUGUUUUCGGCCUUCCUUGACCUCCCAUGUCUCUAGUUCGACCUUCCUCAGUCUGUCUGAUAAGCUGCACUUCCCAUGCUGUGCCUUGACACUUACGUGAACGCCAUACACCAUCUUCAAGCCAGCAGGGGGUGGUAUAGUAGUGAGAAGCAACGCACUUUGACAGGAAAUGACAGGAAUACUUUAGUACUAAGAAUACUACAUUUUCCUCUUUCCUAUGCUGUAAGAGCAUCAAGUGAUGAGUGAAGUAUUGUUGUGUCUAGUACAUGCAUUUUCAUUGUAAGUCUCAGUGACAGCAAUGCUAUUUAAUUACUUCUCCACAACAUUGUAGGCUGGGAGACAUCCUGCUCCUACCUCUUAUAUGCCAAAGACUUGAGUUACUGGAUGAAGUGUUUUCUUUGUUUCUCACACUUCAUUGUGUGACUACCUGUUGCAUUGGCAUUAUCCUCACACUGUAUGUCGAUGAGGAAGGGUCCAGAUGUGGUCUAAUUGGUUGUUUUUACAGAUGACAGUUGGGUAUAAAAUUGAAUGUGGACUGUUGUUAUGGAGCCUUUCUUCUUCUCUAGCUUCUGCUUAUCCUUGUUCUCCUUUCUUCUUCUCUCCGAUUUACAAUAAUCGUGGUGGAAUUGGUAAGAUUAAAACUUCAUUUUAUUUGUAACUUGUUUGCCUUGUAAGUGAUUUAAUUCAUUUGCAAUGUUAUUAAAUAUAUUUUUCAUUUAACUUUA